CAACAUUGAAAUGGGUCUGGGUUCAAGUUGAGCAGCUCAAAUCGGCCCUGUCAAAUGUGCCCAAUUAUGUCAUAUUAGAAAUCCCCAUCAUUUAGAAGCCAAAUCCCAACGGUCAAAAAAUGCCUCCCUCUCCAACCUUCGACGAUGGAGGAAACUCCUCUUUCUCCUACAUUCAGAUCUCGGCGAAGUCCCUUAACUUUCUCUCUCAGACGCAAAACCGCGAUGGGCUUUUCGAAGACUCAACCAACCGAUCCGCCGUCAUUCGAGAAUCUCGCUUCCGAUAUGUUAUCAACCUUCUCGACGCGGUGCCCGAGACCAACGAGGGAUGAAAAGGCUUCCGCGUACAAGGGCGGAGCUACCAAGUCCUGGCUCUCACCCUCCGAUUCGUAGCCGUGUCAGACCCACUGUAGAUAUUAGUCCCAAAAUCCGCUACAAGCGAAGAGAAAGCAGAAGAACCUUCAAGUCUGUGGCCAUCAGAAAAUUCCCUUCCCACGGUGUGAGCUUCGGAGGGUAGACUCCGGGGUUGUAGAAGAAUUACGUAGAGGCAGGGCGAUUCUAAACUUGCGUAUUGCUUUUGGAGGUUUUGAGAUUGAAGAUUACAAGUUUAUAUAUGGAGACGAGAGAAGAUUAGUUUAAUUAUGAGAGGGUUAUUCUUAAUUUGUAUACAAAUUAUGAAAUAUGUACCCAAAAAAAAAAAAUGUAAAAGAAUAUAUGAAAAACAAAGGGCUAUUGCAAGUUUUAAUAAUCCUUCCAUCCUACU